UCCAUCCCAGUGUAUUGGCCCACAUUUCCUGGAUAUCUGUCUUUACCUGGAGAUACAGGAACUGCGUGAUAAAUGUUUAAUGACAGAGCUAAAAGGAAAGGGAGAAGGUAGGAAAGAAGAUACACAGAAAUCAGCUUUUUGACAAUGUAAGCGGGCUGGAAAGACAAAGACAGAAGGAGAAAUAGAGAGAGAAAGACAGAGUAAGAAUAAAGAAAUAAAGAAAAAAGAACCAUUGACUUAAAACUGGAGACUAGCCAAGACAUGUAACAAGGAAACAGUUGUACCCUCCCUCUGAGCCUUGAUUGGCAGGCUGGGGCCCCUCUAAGGCCGAACAUUCUGGAAGUCUGUAGAGGGGAACAAGAUAUGAUGGUGAUGCAGGAUACGAAAAGGCACCACAGAGGCCCACAGGGGCACACUCCAGAAAAUGUGUCCCCUAAGGUGCUGUCUCACUCCAUCGACCGGAUCCUGAGAAAAGGACACCAUCUGGAUGUGGUGGAGAGGGGAAGUGAAAUGGAAGAGAGAGCCAGGAUGAAAGGAGGGAUGGAGUCCACAUGUGUGAAGACCAUCUCUGAGGAACAACCUAAAAUCAACCGAUUUGAAGUGUCACGGAGUAGCCAUCGGCGGGUACGGACAACAUUCACCUCGGGUCAACUGGAGGAGUUAGAGAGAGCAUUCCUGCUGAACCACUAUCCUGAUGUACAUACCAGAGAACAACUAGCCUCACAAACCUAUCUGUCAGUGGCACGAGUGCAGAUCUGGUUCCAGAACCGCCGGGCCAGGUGGAGGAAGACCAUAGCUCUGAGAGAAAGCAGAAGAUUGGACGAGAAUUUUGACACCAACCAACAGCCUGAGGAGACGGUGCUGCUCCCUCCUCUGAUACAAUCCCUCCAAACUAGGCAACACCCACUACAGCACAGGCGCAUGCUCACCAGACCACCCAACCUUUGUUUUGGUGUUUACCAGCACGUCCUGCCCAAGAUGCACUCUGUUGUCAUGCCCUGUUUUGAGCCAUACCUACGUCCUCUGCCAGCCCAGCCCUGGUUGACCCCAGUGACACACACAAAUCCCAGACAAUCCUGUUGACAGUCAAAGCACACACCUGACGUCUACUCUUAGACACGUUUUCAAGUAUGUUUGUCCAUAUACAUGUAUGUAUAUUUUUGUACAUAAAAAAGGUUUUAUUUUUGCUUUUUUGUCAAAACUGAUUCAAAUUAAUGAAACAUCCUCAGAUGUGGUAGCCAGAUCACUUUCUAAAGGGCUGGAAUGAAAAUCGUAAGACCAAAGUUGGAGGGGCCAUGACCAAGCCUGAUUGAAGUACACAGAUUUCUCUCAGAGUUCUCUGAGAAGCGUAAGGGUAAAGACUUAGGGAGAAAGGGAUUACGAGUUUUUGUGAUUACUUCUUGGGAUUACUUAAAUAGAAAAAUAAUAGGUGCGCAAAAUUAUGACACGAUGUUUGAUUUUUUUUAUUUAAUGUUUAUUUAUUUAACAUUUAACAUUGUUAUUUAAACCCAUAUAACAGUUGUGUGCCUCAGCUGUUAUGUGUGUGAUCAUCAUGUGCAUAAAGGUUGGCGCACAUAA